CGAAUCAGUCCAGUGCCAUUAUGCUCCCUAUGAGUAUGAAACAUUGUUUCGAAUGCAAAAUAUGCUGUUACUUUGAGGGGUAACAUCACACGGGCACUGAGUCCAAGGCGAGGAGGCCCUUUUGGCUCGCGCCUCUUCGUGUCCCCGCUCGCACUCGUCCGUUUUCGCUCCUGUCCCAUCGCCAUGCCUUGCCCCACUUCCUCUCCCAAGAAGUAUAUAUCCUUUAAACACCUUGACGUGUCUAGAACGCUAUUUGGGCCCCAGCCAGUAUCGUGAGCAGGCCCGAAGUUGCACCCGCCUCCGAAAACAAGCGCAGUGAGCUGCAGCGACAAACGACCGUGCGGUGGGCGUGGUACAGGCAGCCCCUAUGGACAACAGGCAGCCUCAGUUUGCAGAUGCUCAAGCGAUGGAUGGCGCAGCAGUUUGGCGGAGCAGUGGCACAGGCUACGAAUGGAUUGCGCAAGCGCUUCAGGAUGCGGAUGAUAGCAUGGCCGGCUUCGCGGAAGCCUCGGCCAUGGGCCUCGGGAGCUUCACAGAGGGGCUGGGCCCUGGGCGAGGCGGUGCGGACCCCGGCGGCGACCCCGCCCUGGCCCCGCUGCAGUCGGCGCAGCUGAUGGGGCACCUGUCCAUUACCGAGGCCGAGCGCGCCAUCGCAGAGGCAGCCGCAAUGAUGGCGGCCGGGACCGUGUACCCAGAGGCAACCCCGUCCGGCCAACCCCCGACGCACCCACACCAACAGCCGCAACCGCGCAUGCACGCCGGGACCUACCCCGCGCAGCACCAGCACCAGCACCAGCACCAGCACCAGCAGCACCACCAGCAGCACCAGCAUGUCGUGCCGGCGGCGGUAGGCCACUCGCACCACCAGGCGGCCACAGCGGCGGCGGCGCACGCACCACACUACCACCAGCCUCAACACCCACACCACCAGCAAUACCAACAGCAGCAGCACGUGCAUCACCAGCAGCACCCAUUGAUGCCGGACCCGUACACGAGCUUCGCCGCUGGGCCCAUCGACCUUGCGGCCCACGCUCACAUGCAGCACCGCCAGCAACACCAGCAGGAGCAGCAGCAGAUGCUGUACGCCUACCACCAGCACAAUCAAUACCACCACCAGCAGCAGCACUUGCAGCCGCAGCACCAGCAAUACCAGCAGUACCCACCACAACUGCCACACCAGCAGGUCCAGCACCAGCACCAGCACACCGCCCUAGGCUCGCCGCCCGUGCAGCACCACCAGCACCACCAGCACCACCAGCACCACCACCAGCACCACCAGCACCACCACCAGCACCACCACCAGCAGCACGUGCCGGCAGGCGCACACCAUGCGGCUGCACGCCCGCUGCCGCCCAACCACCAGUCUCACCAACACCACCAACAGCAGAUGCCUCCGGUCGUGCCUAGCCAACCCCAGCACCACCAGCAUGGUAUGCACGCCGCCGCCGCUGCCGCCUCGUCGUCAGCGGUGUCCGCUGCUGCAUCGGCGCGUGGGGGCUACACGGCCAUCGCGCCGGCUGCCCCCCCCGCCACAGCACAUUCGGCACUGGCACCGCCUGUCACAAGCACCUACUACCAGACCAGUGGCGGUGCCAUGCCGUACCCAGGCUGGUCCGUUGCUGGGCUGGAGGUGCCGACGCCCGGCACCCGCAGCCAGCGCGGCAGCUCCACCCACCUGCUCACGGCGCCCGGGCUGCACCCCACAAGCGGCGGCAGCGGCGGUGGCGAGGGCCGCGAAGUGGUCAUGCACCCUGGCUUCGGCGCCGCCGCCUUAACUGGAGCGACUGGCGCGGCGGCGGCGGCGGCAGCGGCACCAACGCCCCAGGCAUCGCCGCUUGGUGGCCGCGGCACCGGUGCCAGUGCCGAACCAGCAACCUCCGCACACAGCCACGGCGGCGGCGGUGGCUUUGGAAAUGUUGUAUCAGGCACGCCCAUGGAGGUGAGCUCACAUGCCGGCGGCCGUGGCGCCAGUGGCAGCACCGACAGCAGCGCCGAGGCCAGCACCGACCACAAGCGCGCCCGCACCAACAACCCUGGCGCCGGCGGCGCCCGCGCUGCUCAGGCCGCUGCUCUCCCCAGCUUGGAUGCGGUCACUAGCCAGCAGGCCGCGGCCGCCGCCGGCAUGGCACCUGCUGCCGGCACGCUUGGCGCGGUGCCGCCUGCCUACCCAGCCGUCGCCGUCGCCCCCGCCGCCGAGGUGAACGGUGCCAUGCCCUAUGUCGACGCCCUCACUGAGCAGCUGCGCGCCGUGCGGCUGCUACAGCCCACGCCUCCUUCCUCAGCCUCCCCUGCGCCCGUCCGCGCUUCUGCCGCGGCAAUGGCAGACGUAACUGAGAACGUCGCCGUUAAGGCCAAGGGCAAGAAGAAGGGUGCGGCCGCAGCGGCGGCUGCGCAGCCGCCGCCCCCGCCGCUGCUGCCACCGGCGCCGCGGACCGAGAUGGACAGGCGGGCUGCGCUGUCUGGCGCUGCGGGCGCCUUCAUGGCCGCGUGUGACGAGGCGGUGCGGGAGCUGCUGUUGGCUAUGAACUUCAGCGACCACGACGCAGAGGCAAUUAUCACAGGCGCGGCGCCGCCGCAGCUGGAGCACGCCGCCUCGGGCGUGGUGUCGCUGGUGCUCCGCCUCAAGAGCUCCGUGCUGUCGCACUACAUUAAGCACCUCAACAACGCCGCCGCCAGGUCGCAGGCCGCCGCCGCAUCCACCGCAGCGGUCGACGGCAACGCGGAGGACGCGGCCGACAAGCACGGCGCCAAGGCCACGAGCGCAGCCAAGGCGCCGCCAGCAGCGGGCGGAGGCGCGGGUGAUGCCGCUGACCAGCAACUGAGCACGGGCGAGGCGUGUCUGGUGCAGCUGCAGCUGUACGGCGGCGUGGGGGAUGCGCUGCUGCAGCUGCUGCGCUCCAAGCUCAGGGGCAGCGCCUGCCAGUUGUGGGCGCUGGCGCACAUCGUGCACCCGCACCCCAGCCGUUCUGAGAAGGAGAGCCUGGCCGCGUACACCGGCAAGUCCACGAAGCAGGUGACAGACUGGUUCACCAACUGGCGCGCGAGGCACUGGCGGCCCGCCAUCAUGGCCCUGCAGAAGGGCGCGGCGGGCGGCGCUGCAGGCGGCAGCCUUGGCGUUGCCGCAGACGGGGCUGCUAGCGGCGGCGACGACGGCGAGGAAGAGGAGUGCGCCGAGGCACGGGCAAAGAAGGGGAAGGGCGCGAAGGACUGCAGUCGCGCCAAGGAGCCGGCCAGCGGUGCGCGCAAGGCUGCUGCCGCGGCGCCGGCCACCACUGCAGCCGCUGCGGGGGCUGAGGUGGGCAGCGGCGGCCGCAGCGGCAGCCGACGCCCGCGCAGCAGGCGGGCGUGCCGUGAGACGGAGAGCGAGGAGGACCAGGAAGAUGACGAUGACGAGGAGGAGGAUGAGGAGGAGAGUUCGCCGUCGGAGGGUGGCAGCACGGAUGAUGAGUAAGGGGGGACGCGAGCGGGCGCAGAUGCGGAUAUGAGCUACGUUGUGCAUUGGCUGAUUGGCAUAGGUCGGUAGGUUGUCGUCGGUUGGCACUGGCUUGGAUGGGAACAUGUACUUUAUACUUGUGGAGGAAGGAGGCGGUGGGAAUGUGGUGCGCGUGCGGAGAUAGCGAACUGCGAGGCCUGGGUUACGGGGAAUGGCGAAGGGCAAUGUGUGUUGUGGGGGUUAUGGGAAUACGCCUCCGCCUUCAGCCCCAUACUACCUUGUCUCAGCCCUAUACUACCCAGCCCCAGCCCCGGCCCCAUAAUACCCUGCCUUAGACGCGGCCCAGACAGGGUCAGCUCAAACAUGGCGGCCACCUCUGGGGCGUGGGCGCCCUUGCUCAGGGCCUCAGGCCUCAGGGGAGGGGAGACCAUAGCCUUGCCCUUCCGGACCGUGCCUGGCGUGCCUGGCGUGCAUUGCCAGCAAAGCUCCGUGCUAUUAUGACAAGCGUUCAAUGUGGACAUGCCCUGCAUUGCUCUUAGGAGGACAUAGACUAGCGUAUCUACGGAGGUAACCGUAUGGGGCAACCGUGCAGGGAUGGGGGCGGAAUGGUGGAGCCCCAAAUGCGUGCGGAAUGCCCCAAGGAUUAACGCACGCACAGCUGGCGAAAAUAAUAUCGCAUCCGCCUUGAGAACCUUUCGCAUGGUUUUCGCCGGUCCAUUGACGCGUCCAUCGGCGGUAUUUCCUUCCCAUUCUGCUUCACCGGCAUGCUUGGAACGCUCGUAGUAUCCCUUAAUGGGCAUUAAAGCAGCUGGAGGACGCGCACCGGUGUUCUGCGUCGGGAAAUUGCCAAGCAUGUGGGGACAUGCCGCCACAACCAGCGGUGUUGUCGCCCCAUUCAACUCUUUUAGCAGUC